AUGGAGCAGCACCGCGUCCUCACAGCCAGGAGCCGGCAGAUUGAGAUCCAUCUGUCAGCUGACACACGCACGAGCCCAAUAAAACGCUUCAGAGAACCAAAGCAUGAAAGACGUCCCUGGAGGAUAUGGUUUUUAGAUACUUCCAAGCAAGCCAUAGGGAUGUUGUUCAUCCACUUUGCAAAUGUCUAUUUAUCAGACCUUACAGAAGAAGACCCUUGUUCACUGUACCUUAUCAACUUCUUGCUGGAUGCCACCUUAGGAAUGCUGCUAAUCUACAUUGGGGUCCGUGCUGUGAGCAGCAUCGUGGAAUGGCAGCAGUGGGAGUCCCUCCGCUUUGGGGAAUAUGGUGACCCCCUGCAGUGCAGUGCUUGGAUGGGCCAGUGUGCUCUGUACAUAAUGAUUAUGACAUUUGAGAAAACCAUCAUCAUCAUAGUGCUGCUUAUACCUCAGUGGAAAGAGGUGGCUUUAUUGAAUCCCAUAGAGAACCCCCAGCUGGAGCUGGCAAUCGUCAUGCUGAUAGUUCCCUUCUUUGUUAACGCGCUGAUGUUCUGGGUAGUAGAUAAUUUCCUUAUGAAGAAAGGGAAGACAAAAGCUAAACUUGAAGAAAAGGAAGCGGGACAAGAUUCAAGAAAUGGAAGUAAAGUCCGAUACAGGAGAGCAGCAUCACAUGAGGAGUCAGAGUCAGAAAUCCUUAUUUCAGCAGAUGAUGAGAUGGAGGAGUCGGACGCUGAGGAGGACCUGUUUCAUACAAAGUGA